AUGAAGCGUACUCCUCGCGCACCGCCCAACGGCAGGGCUAAUCACCGUCAAGAAACUGUAUCCCAGUACUACCAAAACAACGCCCACACAGACUACGAAUCAGACACUGCGUACCUCUCAGACAUGCCUCAGCAAGCUCCCCCACCUCUCCGCUCCAAUGAAGAGCUCAACCUUCGCGUUCUCCGUCGUCACAACUCUGAAAUUACCGAUGUCAUCUCCCUUGCGAACUAUGCCGUCAUCUACACUUUCAACCCCGCUUCGACUACUUGGGAGAAGGUCAACAUUGAGGGCACCCUGUUUGUUUGCUCAAUGACCCCGGGCCCCCUUGGCGAAGAACGCUUUACGGUGUUCCUUCUGAACCGCCGCAGUCUUGAAAACUUCGAAUCCCGCCUGACUGGCGCCGAGAAUGUGGAAGUGACUGAGGAGUAUGUCAUCUUGAAGGAAGACAAAGACAAAGAUGCCGAGGGCAAAGCUGAUGCCAACAACUACCGCGUCUACGGUAUCUGGAUUUACUCUGAGACUGAAACUUCGACCACUGAUACCCGCACCGUGAAUGCCAUGGUCAUCAAAGAGUGCGCUACUCGUGCCGGCCAGAGCCUGAAGGAUGCCAAGGAACGUAUCCAAGCUAUGCGCCAAAACGAACUUCACAUUGCUGCUGCCGCCGCAGAGACCCAGGCUAUUCCCAAUGAGAACAUCCAAGGUGGUGUCCAGGGUGGUGUCUCGAUGGGCCGUACCAUGUCACUGAAGGACAUUCUUGGGCAGCAACGUGCUCAGGAUGAUGAGUGGAGUGUUCGUGCGCACCAUGAACAGCCCCAAUUCCAGCCUCAACCCCUGCCUCAACCCCCGGCCCAGCCCGGAUAUGGGUACCCGAUGCCUCCGGCACAGCAGCAUCCUUACCAGGCCGGCGCGCCUAACCCGCGGGCCCCAGCCCAGGGGAUGCCCGAUGUGCUCGGCGAUCUCUUCCGUCGCGCAGGACUUCAGCCUAAGCCGCAGUAA